CAUCAGUUUUCAAUUUUGUAUACUGUUACUUGCAGUUUUGAGUGAAGUUUUCAUUGCUAUUACAAUUUUCAUUUCUUAUAAGUUUUAUAAAUACUGUUAAUCGUUAACACAGUUUCAUUUACAAAAUGUUUCUUACAAGAAGCGAGUACGAUAGAGGAGUAAAUACCUUUUCACCCGAAGGAAGAUUGUUUCAAGUAGAAUAUGCCAUAGAAGCAAUUAAGUUAGGAUCUACUGCUAUUGGAAUAUGUACCAGUGGUGGAGUAGUGCUUGCUGUAGAAAAACGUAUUACUUCCCCCUUAAUGGAACCUACUACGAUUGAGAAAAUUGUAGAAGUUGACAAACAUAUUGGAUGUGCCGUUUCAGGACUUAUGGCAGAUUCAAGGACUAUGAUAGAUAGAGCUCGUGUAGAAUGUCAGAAUCAUUGGUUUGUCUACAAUGAAAAUAUAAGUGUAGAAUCCUGUGCACAGGGUGUAUCAAAUUUGGCUAUUCAGUUUGGAGAUUCUGAUGAAGAUGGUGCAGCCAUGUCUCGACCUUUUGGAGUAGCAAUUUUGUUUGCUGGUAUAGAUGAAAAAGGACCUCAAUUGUACCACAUGGAUCCGUCAGCUGUCAACAAAUGGAGGAGCUUGAAACAAAUUCGUGAGGUAAACGAAGUCAAGAGUUUGAAAACCAGUUUUACUACCUCAUUUGAAGUUAUUAAGAGGGAUCUUACCUUCAUAAAAGAUACCACCUCUACAUCACAUACAAAAAACGACAAUAAUUACAGUUCCACAUUAGUGCAUGGCAGUGUUUUGUAUGAAGUGUCUGAGAGACAAAAGAGAUCUUGCAAUCUUAUGAUCUUUAAUAUGCCUCAAGAUGGUGAGGAAGCUGACACCUCUAAAGCUAAGGAAGUGCUAUCGGGCUUAGCUGGUUCUGAUAUAAAAAUAGUCAGUUCAACUAGAAUUGGAACAUUCGUUCAGUUUGAUGCAAAGGCAAUAGGAUCAGGAUCCGAGGGGGCACAGCAAAGUUUACAGGAGGCAUAUCAUCGCAGUAUGACCCUGGAAGAAGCUACCACAACUGCUUUAACAAUUCUAAAACAAGUUAUGGAAGAAAAGUUGAAUUCUUCAAAUGUUGAGGUUAUGACUAUGACUCCAAAAGAUAUGUUUCACAUGUUCACAAAGGAACAAGUGGAAGAGGUAAUUGCUAAAUUGUCUUAACUUAGGAACUAAGCUAAACUUUGAAAAGGGUUAAUUUUAUAUAAGUUUUUUUCUUUAUAAAUACAAAUAAAAAAAUAAUAA